AUGGCGAAACUCAGCGAGGCGGAGGCCGCGGUGUACGACCGGCAGAUCCGCGUGUGGGGAGUGGAGGUCCAAAAGAGGUUGCAAGCAUCUAAGGUCCUCUUAAUCGGCUGCAGUGGCCUGGCUGCCGAGGUCGCCAAAAACAUAGUCCUGGCUGGGGUUGGCUCCCUUUCGUUGAUGGAUGACACACCGUGCUCUUCUGGUGCCUUGGGGAACUUCCUGAUCCCUGCGAAUGUUGAUGGUUCCAUGAGCGUGGCAUCUGCCAGUGUGGUUACACUUCAAGAAAUGAACCCACUUGUGAAUGUGAGGGCCUGCCCAGGGUUGGGCUGGAGCUCAGAGCUGGCAGAGGGCUUCAGGGAAUAUGAUGUCAUCGUCCAAUCCGGGGGCAACCUGGCAGAGAGACAGCAGCUCGAUGAAUGGUGCAGCGAAAAUGGCAUUAAAUUCUUCACUGCGAGUGUCCAUGGGACGGUUGGCUACUUGUUCGCCAACCUGCAGUCCCAUACCUUCACACUCAAGGAGGACAAGGGCAAAGAGGCGUCGGACAUGUGCGUGGAGCGCACAAAGACUUACCCUCGCCUCUCAGCAGCGCUGUGUGUUCCACAGAAAAACCUUCCCAACAAGACGCACUGCCUCUACUUCAUUUUGCAAGUGUGCGCGGAGUUCCAACGGCGGCUGUCCCGUCCCCCAGCUGCCGCUGACAUCGAGGACGUGAAGUCUCUGGCGAGGCGCAUGGCCGCGGACGGCGGCCUGAGCGAGCGCCUCUACAGCGAGCGGCUGCUGUCGCUGUUCGUUGAGGGGGCGGGGGAGCUGGCGGCCGUGUGCGCCAUCGUGGGCGGCAUCCUUGGCAAUGAGAUCGUCAAGGUCGUGUCGGGAAGAGGGGAGCCGCUCCGAAAUUUUUUCUUUUUUUCCUUGCAUGAUGGGCGAGGCGUGGCACAGGAGAUCGGGUGCGCGUGA